CCGAAAAUUGUGAAGUCAAACGCGAAAAUGUUUUCCAUGAAGGGAAAGUUUAUGGUUAAGACUUGAUCCUACCAAGAUCUCCCUUCCCUCAAUUAUUUAGGGCACACUAUUCGGACACUAAAAUCUCCUUCAAUCUUACUCUUCUUUCUUGCUAAUUCGACGCAACAAUGUCGAAUUUCUCUCGCCAGCUUCGUUUCACCUCGUCCAUGAUCAGAGGCUUACAGUACAGGAUUUCAAGAUCUUUCACUACGAUUGAAGGCCAUCGACCUACCAUUAUUCAUAAGCAAGGUCUCGAUAUUCUUCAUGAUCCGUGGUUCAACAAGGGAACAGCAUUCUCCAUGACUGAACGAGAUCGUCUUGAACUACGAGGACUUCUACCUCCAAAUGUCAUGAGCAAUGAACAACAAAUUGAACGCUUUAUGGCAGAUCUGAAGAGACUUGAGGUGAAUGCAAGAGAUGGUCCAUCAGAUACAAAUUCAUUAGCCAAGUGGCGAAUACUUAACAGGCUACAUGACAGAAAUGAAACAAUGUACUAUAAGGUUUUAAUAGCUAAAAUUGAAGAAUAUGCUCCUGUAGUAUACACUCCUACAGUUGGACUUGUUUGCCAGAAAUACAGUGGAUUGUUUAGAAGGCCAAGAGGGAUGUAUUUUAGUGCUGCUGAUCGUGGAGAGAUGAUGUCAAUGGUUUAUAAUUGGCCUGCAGAUCAGGUUGAUAUGAUUGUUGUUACGGAUGGAAGCAGAAUAUUGGGACUUGGUGAUCUUGGAAUCCAGGGGAUUGGAAUUUCAAUAGGGAAGUUGGAUUUAUAUGUUGCUGCAGCUGGAAUAAACCCUCAAAGAGUGCUUCCUAUUAUGAUUGAUGUUGGAACCAACAAUGAGGCCCUUCUUAAAGACCCUUUGUAUUUAGGAUUGCAACAACAUCGUCUUGAUGGUGAAGAGUACAUUGCUGUUAUUGAUGAGUUUAUGGAGGCUGUGUUCACACGUUGGCCCCACGUGAUAGUGCAGUUUGAAGAUUUUCAAAGCAAAUGGGCCUUCAAGUUUACUACAACGAUAUAGAAAUAGCUACAGAAUGUUCAAUGAUGAUGUCCAGGGAACAGCUGGAGUUGCAAUUGCUGGUCUUCUUGGAGCUGUGAGAGCUCAAGGAAAGCCAAUGAUUGACUUCCCAAAACAAAAGAUUGUUGUUGCUGGUGCCGGAAG